AUGUUCCCUCUUCUGGUGAUUGUGGGCAUUCUGCUACCGGUAUCUACAGUCGGACGAGUAAUUCCUGUGAAUGGUAAUGUUCAUAGAAUACCUGGAGUCGCACAAGUUACACCUGGAGUCGCACAGGCUGCCCAAGAAGUUGUGGGAAACUCAUACUCCAAUUAUUAUCGCAUGCUAAUGAGCUAUUAUCAAUCUCUUUAUGCCAAUCGAAAUCAGCAAAAUGUAAACCCUUUUUUGAACAACCAAAACCUGGCGAUAGGAGCAUGGAGGAAUCGACAACAAGUUACCAAUCCUUAUUACAUGCAUGUCGAUUUCAACAUAUUUCAGAAUAAGAAAGACAACUCUAAAUAUCCAACAACGAAGACCAGCGAUAAGGAUACAGCCGGGUAUUACAAAGACAAAUAUCCAAGCGCCUAUCCGGAAGGAACGUACAAAGAGCUUGAGAAAUACCCGGCAGAUGAUAAAUAUCCUCAUUAUCAUCAAACUGGAUACCAUCACAACCAACAUCCGAAGAAUUAUUAUCAUGAUCCUCAUCACAGCAAGUAUCCUACAGACUACCCAGGCGACAUAUAUUCUGAUCAGAAACACAAAGAAACCUAUGCAAAUGGAUAUCUGCAUGACAAUUAUCAAAAGGAUUAUAAAGGCGAUAAGUAUUCAUAUGAUCAUUACCCUAAUGAUAGAUAUCCAAACGAAAAAUACAUUGGCAUUCACGCUUAUCCUCAUCAUGAUAAAAACCCGCUUGAUUAUUAUACAGCUUAUAAAUAUCCUGGUGAAAAACAUAAAGAAACCUACCCUAUUGGACAUUUGCAUGACAAAUAUCCAAACGGUAAAAAAGGUGAAUAUUACCCUAAUGAGAAGUAUCCAAAGGACAACUACAUGGAUAUUCAAGCUGUUGGUCAUCCGCUUCACAGUUCACGAGCUGGAGGUCUUUUUUCGGAGCAUAUUCAUGACCAUUCAGUUGGCAUUGAUGGAAAUUUCUUGGGCGUAGGACCAUUCAGAGGAAGAGGAAAGCACGAAUACAUUCAUCCGACUUUUACAGGAAAAGUUGUGCUAACUGGUGUAAAGUAUCCUGGUCUCCAGCAUAAAAAGAACAAGUAUGAUACUUAUCAUACUAAGGAUUACAAAUACAGCACCGAUAAUAAAUAUAAUACAUACCCAGAUUAUAAGGAAAACACAUACAGCAUAGGUCAAAAAUAUGAUACUUACUCAAACAAAGAUUACAAACACGCUGCAGGUCAAAAGUAUGACACAUACCUAAAAGGUUACAAAUACACUACAGAACAAAAGUAUGACACAUAUCAUAAGAAGGAUUACAAACACAGCACUGACUACAAAUACCCCAAGACGCACGUUGGGAGCGUAUUUCCUGAUCACGGCACCAUGGAUUAUCCAACUGGUCGUUACGGUUUCUAUAAAGGCCUUUCCGGAGAUAUGAUACACAAGAAGGAUUACAAAGUUAAAGGGGACACAUAUACAAAAGUGAAGAGCAAGACGACUUAUUGA